UAUUGUCUCCUGAUAUUUAUAAUUUGUAGCUAUUAUUUGACUUAAAAUUCAUCACUAAGAGAAUAUUUUGUUUCUAUUUCUCAAGAUUGAGCUAUGUGAAGAGAACAUGUGGCGUGUCUAAUGCAUGUCUAAAAAAAUAUGGAUAUGCAUAACUCAAGCAUUAAGUUUAACAUAGCCAUCUCAUUUGAAUUCCAAUUGGCUAUAAGAAGGGCUUCAUUUAGCAGUAGCCAAACAUCAUCGAAAGUCACAAAUGUGCCAAAGGGCUAUCUUGCCGUGUACGUUGGAGAGGAAAUGAAGCGGUUUGUGAUCCCCAUGUCAUACUUGAACCAAACAUCAUUUCAAGACUUGCUGAGUCAAGCAGAGGAAGAAUUUGGAUAUGAUCAUCCAAUGGGUGGCCUCACAAUUCCUUGCACAGAAGAUGUUUUUUUGCAUAUUACUUCUCGCUUGAAUGGAUUAUAAAUUUGAAACUGCAAGAGGCUAACAUAGAUUAGUAAUGAGUGACAUUUUGAACAAUAGGCAUUGUUUACAGUUGUAAAUAUUUUCCUUUUCCCUUGAUUGGGAAAAUGGGUGAAUGAAUAACAUACUCAAUAUAUUUAACUCUUUUUUGUAUUUUUCUCU